UGUGUUUCUACCCGGAUCCUUCGUGAAUUGUACACAGUACGCUUGAAAAAUUCUUUAGCGGGCCGAGAAAUGCAUGUAGGUUGCAUGCAUGCAUUGAUAAAGCAACGCUUGUAGUUUAUUUGUGGUUUGGGAAGAUUGGGACAUACAUCCUUAUUUCUUGUACUCUACAUCAAAGCAAACAUUAUGGAGGUAGAAGACCCAAUAUCUGCCAAAUUCAGGACUAUCGUUGAGGCACUUAUGAUAAAAGCGACAUCAGAGAUUGUGAAGGUUUUCGCCGAUGUCAUGUUGGAGACGAGAAUGGAGAUCUCUCGUAGCUGGAGGGAAAUUGAUGAUCUGAAACAGGAGUUGGAACAGAGAGAGGAACAGGGAGAAAAUCAACGAGGAGGAUCUAAUUUUAGAAGUCAAAUGACUCAAGUGACAUUCAAAACUGAAGAGGAAGACAUGGUGGUUUCCCAAGAUACAGAAUGUACAGAAAGCAGGGGUGAAGUGCAAAUAUCUGAAGACUCCACUGUUGAGGAAACGGAUACCAGGCAGAACGGCGUAUCAGUUCUUGAACAAGCCACUACAGAUAUUUCAUUACCUGAAACGUCUUGUACAGACCCCCAGGUGACCCACUUAGAGGGUAGACAUGAAAGAGGUCAUCCGUGUACAUCUCAUAUGGAACCACAAACAUCUGCCACAGAGACCAAGGUUCUUUCAAACGCUCCAGUCCAAGCUAUUUCAGCGGUCAGCUCCCAGCAACCAUCCCCUAGUACAAACUUUAUAAUUCUGAAUAAAAGGUCACAUGAAAAGGGGCCAGUAAUAUCAAAGAAAAAUUACAUGCAAAAAAAAGAUUCUGCCACACAAAGCAACAGUGUAACACGCCUGCUUCGUGACAGACAACUUCUGAGUAGCCAGAAACCUUGUCUGUGCUGUAGUUCAGGCGAAUGCUCAAAGCAACAACGGGAGCCAAAAAAAAAUCCAUCAGUGGCUGUGGGGCAGACAAGGGCAGAGUUUAAGAGCCAAAAGAUCUCCAGCAAACUUAAAUGUAGCAGAUGUGGACAGACAUUCACCAGUCUGAGCACUCUGGCCAAUCACAAUCAACAUGUAUCCCCUAUAUUGAAAAAGCCAUUCCCAUAUAAGUGCUACCUCUGUGAUCACAUGUUUGCGACUCGGUGUGGCUGGAACAUACACAAGCGGAUCCAUGCCCAUGGUCAUGUUUCUGAGAUUGCGCAACAAGACAACCUCAGUCCUUCCCAUUUACUCCCAGUGCCCAAAGAACUAAAGGCCAAGGUGGAGGUUCGCUUGGAGAGAAUUUCAGAGGCCCAGUUAGAAGCGGCAUUAUUUCCAAAAGGCUCCAUAAUUCUAGAUGAUGAUAUCAGUUUGAGCACCAAGAAAUUAUCCUCGGUUGUAGAACCCACAUCUUCUUCAGGGAAUCCUAAUAAACUGUCUACAGGAACAUCCAUGAAUGCAUCUAUGUUAAAUUUGGAAUCUGUAUCUAACAGCUAUACAGAACUUGUUAUGGAAUGCCAUGCUUCCAGUUCAGGGACUGAAUCAAGUGAACGUUUAAUGCAGUCAGAUGAUGUGACAGAAGACUCUGGCAAAAACCAGCCAGCAGAAAAGCAGACCAAAUCAAAGUCACUGAUUACAUGUAGAGUUGAUGGUGUGGAGUGCGAUGAAGCUUCAUCCAGUGCAAGUGAAGACUUAGCAAAAGGAUUUAAUUCUCUUCCUAGAAAACGGAAAAUGUCAGAUUGCAGUCAUGACUUGUACAAUGGUGUGUUUCCUGUUGAAAAAAUUCUUAGAUGGAGAAAUACAAAGGGUCGAAAUGAAGUUAGAAUCAAGUGGAUGCCUUGCUCAUUAUGUGGGGCAAAAUGGAAAAACACAUGGGAACCAGCUGAAAGCUUUAUCUCUUAUAAGGAUGGCAAACAUGAAGGAACUGGAAACACAGACAAACGGAAUUAAAAUGCUUGAUUUUAUGUUUGUUCUCACUUGACAAAUGUCAUAUGACUUAGAAACUGAGAGUGACGGUGGAAUGAAUUUCAGAUCUUUUUCUUUAUGCAAACAAUGUAAUUAUUGGAUUCAAGAGAAGUUGGAUGUAUUCUAUUAACAUGCUACUGUGUUAAUGCUACAGCACACACUGUGUUAAAACCCUUCCCUGUACAUGUAGCACAAUCAUUACAUAGGUUGUAUGCUUGCUAAUUUCUGUAAACGGAACAAGUUGUCCAACAUCCUAAUGCAUGUAAACCAGUAACUAAUUAAUUAAAAUAAGGUGCAUAAUUAGAGUAAACUGUGCUUUGGAUUUUGGCAAAUUAGAUGAUUUAUUUUAUAUAGAAAGCAAACAGCAACAGGUCUUGUCAUUUUGAAUUGCUGGACUGAAUCCUGGAAUAUAUUUCAUAAUCUUUAAUCUUUGGUUUUAUAAUCGGUUCAUCUUAAGUAAAGGUAUUCAUUAAUUGUAAGCAUACUGUAACAUGAUUGGUUUGGUUUCUUUGUGGUAAUAAUUUAGUUUUGUCAAUCUGGUUUUGUUAAUCAUUGUUUGUUAAUCAUUUGUUUUUAUUAGAUCUAUACUUAGUAAAAUCUUGUGUUCUACUUGGAAAGAAAUCUCAAAAUGCGGGCAAUAAAUUGCUAAACAGUAGGCUGCAUCUUUUAUAAUUCAUGCUAUUACUGUUCAUCAUAAGGUACUUUAUCACCUAUGAAUUGAGAGUAAUACUUGUUUGUGUUUUAACAUGUUGAGUAGUAAGUGAUCAAUAUUCCCAAGAUUACCAUCAUGUUUUGUUCUUUUAAAUUCAAGGUCAGCUGAUCAAGUUAAUACUUAUAUGUAGCACCAGCUUAGUUAAAAAUAUCAAAAUAUCUUUAUAUUCAUUACUGAUUGUUCAUCUGUUUUUGUCAGUUUAUGAAACGUGUUUUUAAUUGGGGUGUUUUGUUUGUUUUUAGUAUUUUAGCUGUCAAAUGUUUGCUUGAAGUUGGUGCAAAAAAUGUAUUUAAGAUUGAAAGUUGCUCUAUGGUCUAGUCUAAUAUUAUUGUUCAUAUGUUCACCUUUGUUAAACUGAGCAAGCAUGUCUGUAGCAUUUCAUUAUGAAAACUAAAAUGACUUUAAUCCUGAUUUUAUGUAACAUAGUGCCUCUUUCUGUGAUGUAAAUUUUGCCCUGAGAUUUUUUUAAGUUGUUGUGUGCAUAUUUGUCACUGUGCAUAUUCAUUACUGCCUGUGAUGCUUGUGGUAAUGUUGACAAAUUGUCAUGUUUAUAGGGCACUAGUUUGUGCGAAUGCAUGAUUAAAAUAAAAUCAGUUGCCUGUCUCUUA